AUGCGCGAGGGCCGCAGUGUUGCAUCAGGCAUCAAGAACAUCAUUGAUCAGAAGAAGAAGAAGCGAUCGCCUGACGUUUCGGAUUCUCUCUUGAAUCCACCAUCAGAGACAGUAGCUGAAAAGGGUGACUCGUGCACAGUAAGUUGCAGUAUUUAUAGGAUGCAGUCGCUAUGCUACCGCAUACCUAUAGCAAUUAACCGCGUUCCCUUCAUCAGGGAUCGUUGCCCGCUGGUGUGCUAAUUGCUUGUUGGCCGGCAUGCAAGCUGUUAAUUACCGAAAUGUCAUCACCCGUGUUGGAUGCUGGCGUGAUGAUUGCUCAGCCAUCCGUCUCAACGGCUUGCGCGUUCUCCGAGUGGUCAGUUACCUUGGCCAGCCUAUGCCUCAGCACAAAAUAUGGAGUGGGGAUGUCGUUGCACUUGUUGAUAGACUGAGGUCCCGUGAACAAUGACUCAAGUAACUCGCGGCUUACACGAUUAUCUCCUCUGGCGAGAAUUUCGGCCUCAUCGAACUUGAAUGUGUGGCCGGGUCUCGUCGAAUGGGCCGCGAUCUGAGAGUUGGCGUCAUUUCUCCGUACAGCUGCCACGUGUUCGGCAUCAUUACUGGGGACGUGGAUUACAAAAUGUAUCCCUUAUGUGAAAUAGCGACAGAACGAUAGCAAAGUCCAGUCAAACAACUUGGUUGGACGCUUUGCAGAAAGUCGUCUGUGCACUUAAUCGGACAUUUUCUUUGACACAUUCAUGCUUCUUUUUACUGUUAUGGAAAUUAUUUGCAUUAAGAGACUUAAAUGUCUUCAUAAAUGUCAAAACGACAGGCAGUGUCACGAACUAUGCCAAACGGGACAUCUUACAAACUACGCCUGAGUGUAAUAAAAUAAUAAUGUUGGGAGAAUCUUUCCAGUAAAUUAUGACCAUAUUCGUCUAAAGAUCAAAGAUGGAACUUGAAUGUAUGCUUGCUGAAACGCAAAGCAACAGAACACGGAUAGAUGUCGUCUGAUUAGGAGAAGAGUCCAAACACCGGCUGAUUUAAUGCAGGAAUUACUGAGAUUCAGUGGUGUUUCAACACGAAAUAAUUCAAAUUACAACUCUGUCUAUGGAACUCGACAUUAGCUUAUAAUGUCCAUUAUUGGAAGUAGGCAACUUGAUAUGUCCUAUUUUUUCCUAUGCACCACUUUCCACAUAACGCUCAGCAGACCAGAGGAAUCAGCCAAACAUGUCAGCGGACAAUUUUUUAAGCGAAGACGGUCCCCUUUAACGCAAUGCUUUACACAGCUCAUAAACUGAUCUUACGUCGCGUAGGAGAACACCGAGCACUGCUAAUACCGUCCGCUUUGUCAUCGCGUGUCUGUAUGACAUUCCAGUGAAUGUAUCUAACGUAUCGAUCCCCGCCACCAUCAGUCCUACGUAGUCUUGUUUUCCCCUGCGGGUCUGGAUACGGUUGUGAGGAGACCAGGACCCGCUAGAAGGUGGUCUACGGCGGAAAAAGUGCGUUGGGUGCCGCUUCGUCUACUUCAUUUCUGGUCCCCUUUUAUGAUGUAGAUUUUCUCUUCUAGAGGUAUUCCCCGAAAAGUUUCCUUUACGGUAGCACCUUUGAAUAUGGCACUUUGGGACCCCCUAACGUCUCACUGAAGGCAAUCAGCCUUAUGGAGCCAAAAGUGGGACAGCGAACUCCCUGCGUUACACCCUUAAUCUCAGGGCAUAGUAUAAUGUGUGCCAAGUACUGAGAAGAGGUUGUUUGUAGGUAAUAAAUAAUGAUAGGUUUGGACAGCGCAUGUACAAUCAGCAGAAAUGUCUGCUUUGAUGCAUAAGACCCACAAAUACCUUCAUCCAUUGCUGAUUCAUAUAAGUAAAGAAAAUUAUCCGUCCGAAAAGCAUCUGGAUGCCAUAUUCGUCGGAAUAAAUAAUAAUUGAAAACCGUAGAUGGAGCAUCUUUCCAAAUUUUAACUGAAGCUCUAGAGUAUUUUUGUUGGGAAAACGUUGAUAAAGCCAGGAGAUAACUGUUCAUGGAAUAGAAAAUAGGAAUGAGGCGCAAGAAACUGCAAAAGGAAAGCUUUAAACGACUUAAGUGUAUUUGUUUUUAAAUGCAUACGCACAUUUUGCCGGUAACUACCUAUAAGCAAAGAUAAAUCAUUUGUACCAAUUAAGAAACCACACUUAUCGAUAACAAGUAUUUCUACACUGUCAACUCAAACAUUUCCUAAAAAGAAGCAUUUUGGAAUAUCGUUUAAUAUCCCCUGAAAUACGCAGCAUACGGUAUUAAAGAGAGUACAUACGACAAGGGAUAUAGUUAUAUCAAUGCUGGCUACCGCUUCUUCCCAUGAAGACGGUGUUAGACAAACAGCUGUUCGAUGGUCCCUUCGAGAAACGGAAUAGAUUUUUCAGGAUGCAUUCAAUAAAAAUUCUUUGUCUUGUCUGCUGUGCCCCGGCGUUUAGCUCUGCAAACGUACCAGUCUUUCGAUUCAUGGAAUCAGUCGAGAGCCGUGUUGGAAACGACUUCUGCAGAGCAGUUAGCAAAAUUAGUGUUUAUGUGGGUGGCCUUUGCAUGCGUCACAAAUGAAUUUGCUAGAUCAUUGAGGACAGCGUUCAGUGGACAGUCAUCGAACGAGUGCUUGCCCGUAGAACUUCCCCGGUGGAUGCUGUGACCUAGAGGUGGUCCAAGCAUAACAGUGAGAAGAUUCCUGACGAACUCCUCGUUCUGCACUCACACUAUGAUUAUCAGUUUUACGUGUAAGUCAUUAGAAAUAAAUACAUGUACACAUUUAACUACCGCUUCUUGCCCAAACUUUGCUUUAGUUAUCAGCCUGCGAACAAAAUAAUCAUAAAUUUCAUUUGUGCCCAGGACAAAUACACUAGAGAAUCGCUCUGGUUGGCAAAGACUUUUUUCGUCUGAAUUGCUCCUUUUUUAUCAACGAACAUCGCCUUUGGUUUCGUCAGCUCGCUGAUAGCCAGAGUGUGCUGUUGAGCUAGGUAGUUCAUUUUUUACUACCUGAAUUUCAACGACAUGGAGAACAGCCAUGCCGAGUGGAUGCGGAUUCCUUCUGCACCAGCAGACAACAAUCAUGCUCGGCUGUUGAUGUUUGCCUUUCCGUAACCCGUCUCAGAAACAUUUAAUGGUACCUGCCUACAGAUUUGGGGUGACUAGCGUUAAUCGAAAGGCUUGCUCGAUGCGUCCUCGGGAUCAGAAAUUAGUUUACGCGUGUCUGUAGGGAACUCCGCUAGUUCCGUCGACGUUGCCGACGAUGUCCAUCGUGCGCUCCACAGCACGGUGAAGCAAGAACAGCGACUUGUCUGCGAAUUAGUUUAUAGUGAAUGAAGACUUGCACAGCAUUUACCGCACUCGUUUCUCCUCCUCCCACCCGGACCCUGUGGCAAGACGGAGUCAAGAAGACCGGGGGCGGGGGAGAGCGCAGUUGGAUGGCACGGUCGAGCCCGCACAUUUACACACAACCCCAAACGCAUUGAUAUACACAAAAAAUGACCGGGCUUCUGACCAACAACAACAAUUGGGUCGACAGGGACCCUAAUGGGCACGACGUUUGCCGACAUCCGGGUUUGCCACUGCAUCCCGUGACGUUGGUCUUUGUUAUGGUACGCAAUCCGAUAAUGCCUACUAAGAUCCGAUAUUGCCCCGUGCUGGUCCAGUACAUCUACUAUGUACUUAUAAUAAUUUUCAUUAAAGACCCAUCGGGGUCCAAUUUACGGGGCACUACAGAGAACUACUAAUUAUAUGACACUCACACUAGGUCGUCAAGUCUCUCUGCGAUUCUGCAGGCACGCAGCUGGAGAGGCCGUCAAUUUUCCGGCUUUGUGCCGUACGACGGGCCUUCUACGGACUGGGAUUAUACGACCACGGCAGCAGCCGUGCUCACAAUCCCAAAUUCACCUACAGAAUAUCACGUGGUGCACAUUUUUCGCUUUCACGUAUGGAUUAUAAUCCCGAACAGGAGCGUUUCAGGCGAUAUUGACAAGGACGACUUUCAAGAACUCAGUCCUGACUGCAAAUUCAUUCGGAAAACUCCCUAGGGAAUUCGGUGUCACAAAGUCUGAAAAACAAUUACAUCGUAUAGGCGUCAGCAAAAUGAGAAACAUGUACACGCAAACGUUGUCCAGUAGCAUAAGCAAAGCAAUUUAUUAAGUUUGAUCGCAUUAAUGUCCAACUGUAUACAUGUGCCAUGAUCCUUUGUUGCGCCGCGCACAUAUAUUUACGUUUGCAAUGCAUUGUAUUUUAUGUUGAAGACCACCCCGAAUGUUGGCUUAACAUAGCAGCUGCUUAUCAGGAUCAUAUUCGUAUAGUCUCCGCCGGUAAAGGAAACGUUUUCAUGCCCUGGAUCAAUCUUGUUUGGGCGCAGCAAUAAGGAGGACGUGCUCGAUGCGGCUAAAGACAAAUAAGCAGUCGAUAUGAACUUGUGUUUGUCCGGCAAGAAAGACCUACAUUUUGAGAAAAUUGUAUGCUUCGGAGCUGUCGUAAUGUACAUAACUCAUUGGAUUCAUCAUAAGGCGUGCGUGUACCGGUAGGCAUUUCUGCAUCCAAUAUUGAAAUUGAGAACUCCGCAAAAAGGUUAACAUUCUGGGUGCGGUAGUAGCAGUUCUAUUUCGGACCUAUGGGUAAUACGAUAAGAUUUACCGCAUUACUGCUGUAUAUUUUGUUUACCUAAGAAACAAGGACACUCCUGUAUUAUCAUUCAUUCGAACAAUAUACACAGUAUUAGACAGAGGAAUCAAUACUCUACUCAAUAUAUCGUCACUGCGAGGAAUCUGUUUUGGGUUAACUGCAGAUGACCCAUAGAACAGACGGUUAACUUACUGCAAUAACCCACAAUCAUGGUCAAAAACAAUACAUAUGCACACAAGACAACCAGUUCUGCCUGCCGGAAAUAAAUGGCAUCUUCUCGGUCAAUGUAAAAAUACUCCUCAAUACUCUGUCCAUGGAGAAAAAAGUUCACGAAAGCCAUGCCUCGACUAAAUACUUAGUUAAGUAAACAGACUUUUCUGACUUUAAAAAGAAAAUAAAUCACUCAAUUUUCAAGCAAGUGGUUGAAAUCUCACAGAUGCUGUUGUACCGAAAAAAAGCACAGAACUUUCAAUCAAAUGGGACAUUGAACUCGUUGGGCGCACUUUCCUAUACCAACUUUUUUGAAAUUUACAACUUUGUAUUUGUAAAAAAGCGGACAUCUUUCUAAAGAAUAUUCUCUGGCAUUGUCUGUGUGCAUUCGUUUUAAUAAAUCGUUUUAUUGAACUCUAUAAACGCGUCUACUUAAUUUUGAAUUUAGUGACCGCGAAUUGACGGGUCAAACAGUGAAAGGCGCAGACCUCUUGUCAGGAUCUUCUCGCAACAUUGGUUCGGAAAAAUGAUUCCAAAAAAGUACAGUUUAGUAACUUUUAUUCCCUUAGUUUUUACAAAGUCGCUGUUGAGGGCAAUAUCGGAUGUGGGAAAUCUACUUUCCUGAAGUAUUUCGAAAGUCUGUCGUCGAAUAUUGAAGUGUCUCUGGAGCCAAUUGAACUCUGGAACAACGUGAAGGGACACAAGCUCUUUGUAAGACAGAUUUACCGCUCUCGUUUAUCGGAUAGGAAAUGUUCUACGCAGAUCCCGGAACUUGGAGCAGCCCUUUGCAGAGUCAAGUGAUGGUUACCUAUCUCCAUCGGCAGGCGACACCACAGGCAAGUUUGUUCUAA